AAAAUAUUACAAAUAGAAUAUAGAAAUACGUUAGUGUAACGAUUAAGGUAUUUUAAUAAUACUCUGUCGGUAUAUAAGAAAUUAAUUCCAUUUGGAAAGUCCCUAUUGUCGCUUAUUAAAGUAGUUUACCCUCUUCACCCCACCUUUAACUAAAUGCUUGUAGCAGAAUAACAUCGUCAGUGGUCGGCCAUUAUUGUGAAAUAUAAAGUUGUUCCAUAUUUGUGUUAAAACAGAAGUAUAUUAAAAUAAUUAUCAUUAGUAGUUUAAGUUUAAUUAUAAAAAUGCAUACAAUACCAGAAUUGGGUACCGGUGUACCUGCCUUUCUUGCUAAACUUUGGAAACUUGUUGAAGAUCCUGAGACCGACAACCUCAUUUGUUGGUCACCUAAUGGACGAAGCUUUUACAUACGCAAUCAGGCACAAUUUGCCAGAGAAUUAUUACCACAUUAUUAUAAACAUAAUAACAUGGCUAGCUUUGUGCGACAACUUAAUAUGUAUGGUUUCCACAAAAAAGUUUCCGUAGAAUUAGGCGGCUUAAAAUGUGACAGGGAUGAAAUGGAAUUUGCGCACCAAUAUUUUUACAAAGGUCAUCCAUAUCUCGUUGAACAUAUUAAAAGAAAAAUCGCAUCAAAUAAAGGCCAAGAUCCAGCUCUUACCCCUAUUAAGCCAGAACUAAUGAACAAAAUGUUAACAGAAGUAAGAAGUAUGAGGGGUCGCCAAGAACAUUUAGAUUCACGACUAGGUUCCAUGAAAAGAGAGAAUGAAGCAUUGUGGAGAGAAAUUGCGAUGCUCAGGCAAAAACAUUUAAAACAGCAACAAAUCGUUAAUAAAUUAAUUCAUUUCCUUGUCACAUUAGUGCAACCGUCAAGAAGUGCAGGACUUUCUGUUAAAAGGCGGUACCCAUUAAUGAUAGAUGAUUCUAAUCAUCAGUGUAAAGGAAAUAAAAUUUCCAAGGCACAGACAUCUCCAACGGGGCCUGUUAUUCACGAACUUGAUUCUUCCGAACCAGAUUUAGACUCUGGAUAUAUAGUCGCUGAUAUAUUAGAUAAUCAGCCUCAUCCGGCAAUAGAAAGCCCCGAACAUCCCAAUAAUGAUUCAUCAUUUAUUGAUGAUGAUGGUAUGGAAACCAUACAAUUGGUGGAUAAUGCGGUUCAUUUUCAAAAUGACGAUAUUAGUUUGGAGAUGGACACAAAGAAGAAACGACCCUGUAAGGGUAAGAAAAAGAGGAAAAACAAGAUGCCUGUCAAAAUUUUGAUCCCACCGACGGAGAAUGGACAAGAGUCAAGGGAAGAAAUACAUUAUCUCGAAAUACCUACCGUGGAGGACUCUCCUGUGACGGUUGCCUUAUUGGAGAACAAUACAAUAGCUUCUAAACCAGUCCCAUUGGCGACCGUUCGUAGCUCCAAGUUAGCAGCUAUGGCUGCUAACAUGAGUAAAUCCAACGAAGUUGAAACCAACGUUGAUCUUGAAACGACUGAAAUAGACGAUGAUAUUCAAGGCACUGACCCUUCUUUGGAGAAACUUAAAGACAUAUUAAUUGUUCCUGAAGUAAUCAAUAAUAAUGAUUUGGAGAUUGAUGAUAACAAGGAAGAGAAUAUCGAUAACAAUUCUGAUAAUGAAUCUAUAAGGCUUCAAAAUGAUUUAAUAAAUAUGAAUAAGGAACAAAAUAUACUAGACGAAGAUAAUCAGAUUGUUGCAGAUAAAAGUGAAGCAUCUAAUUUGUUGGAGCAACAAAAACAUACUUGCAAUAAACCAGACAGAAGUGACCCGGUAGACUUAUCCUUAAGUUGCGUCAAUCCUUCAGGCAUAUCAGGCGCUAAUUACAGGUUAGGAUCAAUGGAAGAAAUGGAUAAUCAUCUUGAGACAAUGCAAUCGGAAUUGGAAAACCUUCGAGAUAUCCUACGUGGUGAAGGAUAUAGUAUCGAUGCGAAUACACUUCUUGGGGUAAAUACAUUUUUGGGGUUAUUCGGUACUGAUGAUUCUUCAAUGCCUUUUGGUAUAUCCGUUAAUUCAGAUUUAGAUAUGAACGACGACAGAGAAGAUGAUAAAUCUACAGUUGCUGAUUCUUUAAGUGGAAAUGGUGGGGGAGAAUUAAUGGCAUAUAAUCCUGCGCCUAAUUUAUUAGAUUUUGAUGAUGAUAUUUUUUUAAAUGCUACCGCAGCGUCUCCAGUUAAUAAUUCAGUAAAUGAUGUGUCUUCAAGUAAUCUAUAUGCUUCAGAUCCCCUUGAUCUAGAAGAUAGUAAAGCCUCACUUCUUGAAUCUUACGUAGGAAGCAAUGAAAAUGAUUCAUAAAAUCUCCUUAAGUUUUGGAGGAAAGGCUACUGGAUUCUUAAUUACCUUACUGGUAAUAUCUCAUCAUUUUAAUUUUUUUUUAAAUAAAAUUUAAUCAAGAAAAAAAAUCCUAGAAACAGUAUCGGACAUUUAUUGUUGGAUGUAAAACAUAAGUAGUAUUAUAGAGAUUUCUUUUUCUCUCUCUCUCUCUCUCUCCCUUUUUCUUUACUUACAAUAGAAAGUAUAGCGUUAUAAAUCAAAUAACAUUGGUUUCAGCUAUAUAUAUUAAUAAUAAUACUAAAAGUUAUGAAAAAUGAAGAGAAACAAUUAAUUUUGUUGUAUUAUUUUACCAAUUUUCAUUAGUAAAGAAAACUAUAUACAAUGAAUCGCAGAUAUAAGUUAUUUUCUUUAUAUGUUCAUUUUUGUACAUAAAUAUAGAAAUAUAACGUCAAUAACAAAGUGUGAAGCCUGUUUUACGCAAUGUAGUUAGGUUCAUUAAAGUGCAAACUUUCUUUUAUAUAAUUCAUUUAAGGAGAUAAUAUACUGUUAGAAUGAGAAAUUUAAAUGACGUGACAUAUGUAAGAACAUGUUAAAAGAAAAAGAUAUGUUAUGUCAUUAUAUUAUAUUUUUUGCAUAACUGUUGAUUAGAUUAUUGUAUUAAUAUUAAAUCAAAAAUAUAUACAGUUAUAGUGUGUUUGUGUCUAAGAGAGAGAGCUAAGAUUUCAGCGUUCGACUUUCAUAUUUGAUAUUUGCUCGCUGUCGUCACACAAGCUUUCAAUUUAUCAUAGAUAUAAUAUACGUGAUCUGUUUUAAAGAAAAGCACACUAAUUGUAAAUUCGUACAUAUCUUUAUAUAUCGUUAAAUUACGAAGAGUUAGUUUUUUCUUAAUUAAUUUAUUUAAUAGAAAAUAAAAACAAACAGAAAUCAUUUUACACGAUGGUCGAUAAUUAAAACAAACGUUCCCAAUUUCUUCGUGUGAUUUAAUCUUAAAACACUGAAAUCUUAUGCUUAGUAAUUAUUUAUUAUUAAUAUUAUUAUUAUUAUUAUUAUUACAUAGUGAUUUUUGAAUUUAUUUUGAACAAACGAUUGUAAUUAUUACUUUGUGAGAUAUGUAACAUAUUAAUCACAUGUUUAUUCUAAUUUGCAGGUGAUUAUUUUUUUACGCUUGUUCACGGACAAAGCUUGUUUUGCUGUUAAUACAUCAAAGUAUAUCGAUGUGUGUACAAUAUAUAGCUAACGGUCAAUGAUACUUCUUAUUUCUUUUUUCUUAUUCUUAGUCUCGUUUUUUAAACAUUAUAUACAUAUAUAGAAUUAACAAGUUUUUCUUUCAUGUUACUAUAGUUUUUUUGUUUUAAUUAUACAAAUACGUAAUUCUAUUUUUUUUGUCAUAAUACAAACUAUGAUACGUUGCUCUACUUAUUAACAUCUUACAAUUUUAGUUUAUUUUAAUUCUGAGUUUAAAUAGACAUUUAAAUAACUAAAGAUAAUGGUAUUUAAAAAUAGUUGGCUUAUGAGGAAUUAGUCGAAUAUCUUCUAAAAAAAUACAAAUAUAAUAGGAGACUGUUUUAUAAGCUGUGUAUAAUAACACUUAUUUCUACUUAAUAAUAAUAACAAUGUAAUUUUUUAAUCAGAAUACGGAAUAUGUCAAUGCGA